UGUGUGGCAGCGCCCUCGUGUGGAGCAGCAGUAGAACUACAGUAGGCUGUUGCUGACCUGUGUGUGUGUGUGUGUGUGUGUGUGUGUGUGUGCGUGUGUUUAUUUAAAGAAGGUGAACACACACAUGUCUUUACAUUGUGUUCAUUGUAAAUGUCAUGGACCUGGACGGAGGGCCGGCAUCAUGUGACACACACACACACACACACACACACUAGGAGUCACAUCUCUGGUGUUAAAAAUAGCGUGUUGUGUCAUACACACACACACACACACACACACACACACACACACGGCGUCAGGUCGCAGCUCGUGUGUGUUUCAGUCUCAGUAAACAAGCUGGAGGACGUGAACAGAAUCAGACGACGUGUUCAGAUCCACCAGUGAUUCAACCUCAGAACUCGUGAGCAGCUGAGACUCAACACACCGUUCAACAAAACCUCAUUCAAAUCCACUGGAUCCAAAUCAAAUCAUCAUUAGUAAAUGAUGGGUUUGGAGAGGAAGCUGGACGUCCCGGUCGGUGAUCUGUCUGUGAUCAGAGGGAUGUGGGAGGUGCGAGUGAAGAAGCACAGACAGCGACAGAAGAAGGAGCAGCAGAGGGUCGAGAACAGCGCCCUCGCCAGGAUCGACCAGCAGUGGCAGUAUCGCAUCUACUGUAAGACACUGAAGAGCCACGAGCUGAACCUGCUGCACCGCUACCUGGAGAGGUCCACACUGCCCGACACACAGCCACGCACAGAUGAAGACCAGCUGCAGGAUCCUCAGGAUCCAGAUCAGAGCAGACUGAUCCUGCAGCUGGACGGAGAUCGUUGGACGAGCUUCCCCCGGGAGCUGCAGUGGAAGACCUACCUGAGGGAGUGGCACGUUCGGGGGACAAGGAUCCGCCAGCUGCCCGACUUCCUGGCUCUGUUCACGCAGCUCACCGUGCUCGAGAUCCCAAAGAACGCCAUCGCUGAGCUGCCGCCGGAGAUCGGUAAACUGACCGAGCUGAGGGAGUUGAACGUGAGCUACAACCGUCUGUCCAGAGUUCCUCCAGAGCUCGGACACUGUGAGAACCUGCAGAGACUGGAACUGAGGGGAAACCACAACCUGUCGGAGCUGUCGUUCGAGCUGAGCAGCCUGAAGCGACUGGUUCACCUGGACAUUGCGGAGAACCGGUUUGUGUCGAUCCCCGUCUGCGCUCUGAGGAUGAGCCGCCUGCAGCUGCUGGACCUGAGCAGCAACCGUCUGAGCGACCUGCCGCAGGACAUGGACAGGUUGGAGCAGCUGGUCACACUGAUCGUCCAUAACAACCACCUGUCUUACCUCCCGCACUGUCUCACCCUCAUCUCCACGCUCAAGAUGAUCGUCGUCAGCGGCAACGAACUUGUCUGCGUCCCCAGCAAACUGUGCAGCAACCCCGACAUCAAGUUCAUCCGACUGUGCGACAACACAAAGAGUUCAGAGAAGAAAAAGAAAGAGAAAGAGCAGAAGAAGAGGAGGAGCUGGAGAGGGUCUGGAGAGGAGGAGGAGGUGAAGAAGGACGGCAGAGAGAAGGAGUUCAUCGAGGCCUACGUCAGCACGCUGAAGGACAGAGAAACCGUACCAUACUCCACCACCAAGGUGUCCAUAUCCUGCCUGCUGUGAGGAGGAAGAGGAGGAGGAGGAGGAGGAAGAGAGAGAGGAAGAGGAGGAGGAAGAGGGAGA